AAUCUCUUUCCACCAUACAAUUCUUCUAUGUUUAGAUUUAGCUUUGUACAGUAAAACAAGAAUGAAUAAAUUUGCAUGUAGUCAAAAUGCCUUGGUGGGUUUUGGAGAGAUUUCUGAGUCUAAUGGUGUUGUUUGCCCUAAACCUCAUAAGGGUGGGCCCUUCAUCACAAAUCCUCCAUUGCUGCAAAUCAACAGUCAAGAAGUGGAGGAUUGUGAUUUGAAAGCUGGAACUGAGCUUCUGGAUAUGAUACUCACCAAGGGGAGGUAUGAUGUUGAGGAUUCCAAUUUUCAGUUGGGUUCAUCUCCACCAUUUUUUUGUGGGUCCCCACCUAGUAGGGCCUCAAAUCCCCUGAUUCAAGAUUCGCACUUUGGUAACAACAACUUUUUACCUAUACCACCAGUUCCAGAAUCACCUUCACCACCGCCACCUUUCUCCUCCUCGGAUCGUGUGACCAGAGGUGGCUGCAUUCGUGGGAAGUUCGGUAACAAUUCAACUCCUGUGAGGAUCGAAGGUUUCAAUUGCCGCGGCAUCUCUGCUGUCGCUUAGGUAUAUAAUGACAAAAAAGGACGAGGAAAGAAGAGAGAAUUUUGGAGAGAGUGUGCAAGAAACCAAGUCCGAUUCGGUUAGCUUUGUGUAUAUAUUAUUGAGUGAAAAAAGAGGGUGGUCAGAGUCUUUUUUUGCUGAUUUGCUGAUGAAUUUUGUUCUGCAACCAUUCAAAUACCUGAAAAAAGUGUAUAUUGUAAUGAGGUGAUGAAUGAGUGUCAAAUUGAGAAUAGGAAGCGAUAACUUGUAAACUUGAGGGAGCUCCAGAGGCUAAAAGAUUGUAAUCUUUACUCUGGGAGUAUUAGGAUUCUUUCCAGAAUUAGGCUAAUCUAUGAGCUGGGAAUAUUUAUAGUACAGUGUGAAGACUCAUAAACACUUCUUUGAUGCAACAUUUUCACAAGAGAAAAGAUGGGUCUUAGAAAUUCUUUUUAUUCCUUUCCAGUAAGCUACUGUAUUGUUAAUACUUCAGCUGUUUUGAUGGAAGCAGCAUGCCAUAAUGGGUCAUGUAACUAUUAAAGGGUUUGCUAAUAGAUACAGUUAUCAA